CAACCCACUUUCACUUAUCCAUUUCCAUUCCAUACACAAUCGCAGUGCAGCAACUGGCGUCUUUAGUUUUCUCCGCCUAACAAAUCAAAACAGUUAUUCCGUUGAGAAUGGCGUUACCGGUGGUUGUAGAUGCAGAAUACCUCAAAGAGAUCGACAAGGCUCGCCGCGAUCUCCGCGCACUUAUCGCCAACAGAAACUGCGCUCCUAUCAUGCUUCGCUUAGCGUGGCACGAUGCGGGCACUUAUGAUGCUAAAACGAAGACCGGUGGACCUAAUGCUUCUAUACGCAACGAGGAAGAGUUUUCUCACGAUGCUAACAAUGGAUUGAAGAAGGCUAUUGAUUUCUGUGAGGAAGUGAAGGCAAAACAUCCUAAGAUAUCAUAUGCAGACCUUUAUCAGCUUGCAGGUGUUGUUGCAGUUGAGGUUACUGGGGGACCCACAGUCGAUUUCACUCCUGGAAGAAGGGAUUCAAAAGUUAGUACCAGAGAAGGGAGGCUUCCUGAUGCUAAACAAGGUGUGCCGCAUCUUCGUGAUAUCUUUUAUCGUAUGGGCUUGACUGACAAGGAUAUUGUUGCACUGUCUGGGGCACAUACACUGGGGAGAGCACAUCCAGAGAGAUCAGGGUUUGAUGGCCCUUGGACAGAGGACCCUCUGAAGUUUGAUAACUCAUACUUUGUGGGACUUUUGAAAGAAGAUGCCACUGGACUGCUUAAACUUCCAACAGACAUGGCUUUAUUGGAUGAUCCUGAAUUUCUCAAAUAUGUUGAGCUGUAUGCAAAGGACGAGGAUGCGUUUUUUCGAGAUUAUGCUGAAUCACAUAAGAAACUUUCAGAGCUUGGCUUUGUGCCAAGUUCAAAGGCGACUUCUCCUAAGGAUGGGACCAUACUGGCACAAAGCGCUGUAGGAGCUGCAGUUACCGCUGCAGUGGUGAUCCUUGGUUACUUGUAUGAAGUUCACAAAAGAGGGAAGUAGGCUUGGAUUUGCUCAUCUCUGUUUGAUGUCAUGUCUGUGUGGUCCAUAAUGCAGUAUAGGGUUCAUUUUUGCAGUUUCAGUCUAUGUUUUCUUAGUACCAAUAAGAAUAAUGCUACAGUCUAAAGCUAUUGAGUAUAUGAAUAGAUUAUAAUUUAUAAAUAUAAAUACAACUGAAAAUUCCAUUCUAGAGCA